AGUCUUCGUGGUGGAUUUUGCCUACAUAAACUGUAGGUUAUGUUUGCAUGUUAGUUAAAAUUGUUCUCGUUAUAUUAAUUUAUGAUAUCUCGACUAUUAUUUAGCCCAGAUCAUGGUGGAAAACUCUCCGUCUCCCCUGCCUGAGAGAGCCAUCUACGGCUUUGUGCUCUUCCUGGGUUCACAGUUUGGCUUCUUUUUGUUCUGCCUGUGGGCGUAUGUACCAGAGGAAUGGCUUCAUUCAGUAGGACUCACCUACUGGCCUCAGAAGUAUUGGGCUCUUGCGAUGCCAAUCUACCUCCUGGUUGCUCUAAUGGUGUCUUUGGUUGUUUUGUUCGGCAUUAACAUGAACAACACGGCUCCACUGGACUCUGUGGACAACGUCACAGAUGUAUUUGCACAAGGUCAGAGGUCAGACUGCUGCAGGAAGGGCGGAAUACCCCGACUGGAGGACGUCUCCAUCAGUGAAGUCAACAAAAUGUUCUAUUUAUCCUCUGAGUCGUGACAAACAGAGUAACUGAGAAGUGGGCGGGUUAAGAUUCACUGGCCGUCACUGUUUAGUUCAUUUGAUUGUAGUUUUCUUGUUGGAAAAAACUUAUAUAACAACCGUGAUAUAAUGUUAAUAUAAAAAAUCCUCAGAUUUUUAUUUAUUUUUCUUUCUUUAUGGGUCAAUGUGUCUCUUAAAUGCAAAGUUUUAUGUAGCAAUUAUUGUUUUUAUAAAGCUCUAAGUAAAGUAUGGCUAUAAAUCUGUAAUAAAUGUAAUCCUUUUAAAGCAAUUCCAAGAUGAAAAUGCAUCAAUUCAUGUUGGAGAUGAUAACAAGGCAACAAGCAAAUAAUACUUUUGUAAAUGAUUCAUUUGUUAAAUUGAUGGCAUAAAUCAUAAUGGAAGCAUCAAUGGUAAUGCAUAUUAUAUUGAAAACCUACAUAAAUGUUACAUUUGUCUUAAAACAAUAAAGGAUAAUAACUGUUGUGUUUGUACAGAAGGAAGAAAGAUCAUUCUCAGUUUAUGUCAAAUUUUAUUUAUUUUGUAACAACUGAUUUGAGUCACUGAAAGUCUCCAUUGUUGUAUGUUGCGGUCUUUCAUAUAUUUUAUUGAUAUCAAUAUCUGAAUUUUGAUGAAAUGUUAAUACCAGUUUCCUUGCUCAUUAGAAAACCUUUAAAUACAGGAUAAAAUAUUUCUUAAAUAGUUUUUUUUUCGGGAUGGAAUGAGCUGGGUUUUGUUUUAUUGAAUAUUCUUGCUUUUAUGGAGUUAAAUUCUGUGCAAAAUUAUCCACAACUACUGAACCUGCUGGAAAGAUUUUAUUUUUUAAUGAACUUUUAUUUAUACAUAUUGUCUCAUUGAUAUUUAAGAUCUUAUUUACUAGAAAGUAUUUUUUGUGUGUGUGUGUAAAAAGCCUAAAAAUGGAUCUUUAUUGCAGUGGUUCUUUUAUACAUUGUUCACUUUAUUUUUCACAUAUUGCAAUGAUUUGAUGGUGAAAUAGAGACUGUACUGACUGCUGCAGUGACCUGCUCAGCAUGCUGUGCUAGCUGGUAUUUGUGUUUAAAUGCACUACAUACUAUGAUUUCUAUCACUAUAUUUUAAAGUUUUGUAAAUAUCAACUGUUAAAUGAGAUGAUUCAGGGAUCCUAAAACAAAUAAACACAUUGAAACGUGU